CAGACGCACAGAUUUGGUGUUAUGCUUACCUGCUAGCAUAGUGUGCAACUGUUCUAAUCGAAGAAUUGUUGGCCAUUCAUGUUGUUGGACUACUGUUGUCGGUGCUGUGGGACUACACUAAUCAAGCGGCAUGGCCAACUGCCAAUCAACAGCAAGCUCAAUGACACCUUGGCUGUUCUCCAGAACCUGUUGAUGUGUAUGGUGUCCUUCUACUCUUUGUACUAUAUUGUGGUCAGUCUCAGCAUCGGCAUUCUCAGGGUGGAAGAGGUCGACAGCUUGUUGGCGCCUUUUGACUACACGACUCAACCAUCAUGGCAAAGUCCAAAAUAUUUAGUGAGUGUGAUUUCAACAGAGGUGACGUACGUUCUGGGUGGUCUGAUAUUUGCGUGGAUUGUGGAGGAGUGGGUGUGGGAUUAUGCCAUCACUGUCACUCUGCUACACGUUGGACUGACUGUAGCAGUUAUGGCUGAAUUUCCCUCAUCAGAGCAUUGGUGGAUUGCUCUUGGCUCUGGGUUGUUGAUGAUGAUUUUGGGAGGGCAGCUCCUGGCGUACACACUCUUCCGAAAUAAUUUUGUGCAACCUGCAGAUCUUCAGAAUUUCUGAAACUUUCUGUCCUCAGUGUGGAAUAUGUACAGUGAAGAGUUUUGUAUUGUUUCUCUUUUUUUUCCUCAUCAUUUAUAGAUCGCAGGAGUCCUUUGAAAUAGUUUUGUUAUUCCUACAGAAUGUUUUGCAUUGUGAGUUUGUUUUGACACUGUUCAUGGUGAUAAAACCCA